GUAAAUAUCGCGCGAAUCUUCUCCAGUAGCCAACCCAGAACGGAAUCAUUGCCUCACCCACGCAUGUACCAAAACGGCAAUGCUGACUUACACACUGCUGAAGAGAUUCCGGUACGUGUUGAAAUUUCUGACCAGCGAGUUAAGCCGCUGGAGGCGAACGUUUGUGGCUCCAUGGCGAACACCUUGGUGACUCACAGUACCUUUAUUCAAGUCAAGCUCACCAGGCAGGCAAUGACAGUUUCACCAAGAGAGAUGAUAUGACGAGAGGGGAAAAACGAAAACUAAGAAGAUAAUACACACGUUUCAGUAACCGGUUCUUAUAACAUCUUAUUUGCACUUCAUCGAACACGAUGUCUUGUAGUGCUCGUCUAUUGGCUCACCAGUGUGUAUACCUAAAUAGUGUCUCGCGCCGGCUUAUCAUCGGCAAAGUUCAAGAUCGGAAACUCGACGUGCCGCGAGGCAAAAAGGGAAACUUCCUCUUGGAACGAUCAUCACCUCAACAACCAACGCCUCAUCUUUGCGACGAAUCAACUUAACAGCGCACAAACAAGCUACCCAACUGCUUCAACACCCUCGCCCUGGCAUCUCAGACUGUGCAAGUAUCUUGUGCACGGUCAGCAUCCUUCUCCCCCGAGUCCCACGCCUUCAGCUAUAUGCAACAAGAGCCUCUCGAAAAUACAGAACAUUUGAUCCACCGAGACAACCCUUGUAAAACCUCAAUCUCCCAGCAUGGCCCCCUUAACCAUGACCCGCGUGGCUUUCUCCGAGUCUCUUCCAGAGACUCAAGUGGCACUGAACCGGGCUCUGCACCGGCACUCCGCUAUGCCUCUGGUCAUGACGUCGAUGCCGACCUACUCGAUGAGGAGCUACGUCGACUGAGUUUGGGUCAUCGCUCGACUCUUCGACCUUCAGCUCCUGGCCAGCGCAUCUCCGAGUACGAAAAUGCAAUGACCCCACCUACUCCAAAGAAGGCACUGGGCUUCAAGGUCAUCAAGCGCUCUGAAACCCCCUCUGAUGGUGUGCAGCUCGAAGACUUCCCAAACGAGAUCUUGACACAUAUCCUUUCGCAUCUUCACUCCGACUCGCACGCCGCAAUCGCUCUCGUCUCCAAACGCUUUUAUGCCCUCAUCACCAGUUCCCAUGCUUGGCGCAUGGCCUUCCUACGAUUCUUCCCAGGCCAUGAAGCUCUUGAGAUCAAGAAAAAUGUGGACAUGUGGGCUCACAGCUCGCACGACCUGAUACAGUCUGAAUCUCGUUAUUUCACUCGUCUUACCCCCAUGGCGUCAUGGAGAAAGGAAUACCUUCUGCGCACCCGCUUGAUUAGAAGUCUGGCGCGUGGCAAACCAGGCGCACCCUUUGCCUCUGGGGGUAUUGGCGCAUCUAUUCGUACCGGGAAGAAAACCAGUGCUGUGUUGACGUAUAAUUCUAAGCUACCAUGGGCUGUUACAAAUAUUCACGCUGUCUUCACAAACGGAAAGAAACCACCGAAAGCUAUACACGGAGCUGCCGAUCUGGGAGUAGCUUCAGUCAGUGAUCCUACCAACGGAAGGGUUGAGAAAUGGGGAUUCGUUGAUCCUUUCAGCUCAAUGCAACUUGAUGAGGUGUUCCCCAACCUUGUUCCCUUUGGCUUGGGGGAGGGUCCUACAGCAACUCCUAAUGUCCUUGAUGUAAGCCAGCCAUAUGGCGUCCUUGCAGGUGAAGGAUUUCCGGGCGGUCGUCCCUACUACCGUCCUGUUAAUGAGAACCGUGGACGAUAUCUUGGUGCGGACUCUGGCGUCGUCGACACCUACCCUGAUAUCCCUAAGAUACCCGAAAUGUCCGAAGCAAUAUGCAGUGUAUGGUUGGCCAAAUCGUCGAACGUGCCAACAAAUACCCAGUCAAUGAUUGGGAUGCUGACUGGCUCUACCCUUGGUGUCGUCACUUCAUACACCCUGGGAACCGACUCUGGACCGCAGCGAUACCAACCUGGAGAAGUUACUGCGCGUUGGGUGCUUAGUCCUGGCGUUCCAAUUAUCUCUCUCAAGGUUGACGACAACUAUAGCCAGAAGCGCAAGUCUUCAGCCAGGGUAUGGAUAGUGGCGCUCAAUGCUCUGGGCGAAGUAUUCUAUCUGACUGAAACACCCACUGCACAAAACGCAACAAAGAGCGAAGAUAUUACCAAAAACGCUUGGUUCGCUGGGCGUUCGGUUUACUGGCAUCUAUUGGACUCCACUCGACGCGUUGCUCGACCAGAUGAUUCAGACAAGAACGCGAUCAAAGGUGCUUACUCGCCCCGGUCGCCUUCCAAUUCUAUGAGCCUAAGUAAGAGUCAGUUGGCUGCUGAGGCACGAGAAAUUGAAAAGUUCUUGCGCCAAAAGCCCGCACAUUUCCGAAGGGUUUGCGAAGGAUGGGAUAUGCAGCGCAAGCUGGAGGUCGAUUUUGCCAAUGAUGACGGCCAUGGUGCUGGUGAAAACAUAUUUGUCAUCGACUGUGGACUAGCCGAAAACCGCCCUGCACAUAUCCAGCGAUACACUCGAUCUGUAGUUCCUCAAGAUGCACAAUCGUCAUCAGCCGUGCUGGCUCCCAUGCCUCCUGAUGUCUCCGUUAGUGUCCAGCCGUCACUAUUCGGGACUACUGCGGCAGAGGUAUCACAGGGACCCGAUGGGAAGAUAUGCCAAUCCGUCACAUCUACUUCAAUGUCAUCACUGGAUGUCAUGUCCCAUCUGCAUGAGUGGGAGAGUUGCUCCUUCAGGCUGAAGGGUCAAAGUCAUGCAGUGAUCACUAGUGCCUCGAUGGAUCAAUCUAGCACGUCAGUCCUGACACUCAGUGAAGAUCCUCUUCACUCGGCUGAGGAAGAGAUUCCAGGCCGCAGAUCUCGAUUGCUUGCUGUCGGCACAGACGACGGGGCUGUACUUGUCUGGAACGCUCGCGAGGAUGCUAAGGCUACGGGCAUCAGUCCGGUGCGACAAAUCCAGACUGACUCCCCAGAAGUGUCUUGCGUGGCACUCUCGGCUAUGUAUGUUGUCCAUGGCGGUAGUGAUGGACUGGUACAAGCAUGGGACCCCUUGGCAUCAACGUUGGAUCCCGUUCGAACUCUCAACGCAAGGUCAAAUGGACGAGUGCCUCGACACAUGGUCACAAUGAACCCAACUCUUGACGAGUCGACUUACUCAGCAGUUGGUGCUAUUUGUCUUGAUCCUGAUCCAACCGUCCUUCGUGGGGUCGUUUCAUUCGGUGCUUUUCUGAGAUACUGGGCGUAUAGCUCUGCUAGUCACGCUUCAGGACGCAAGCGUCGGCUUAGACACUCUGAUGUUCAUGGCCGUCUGCCCAGUCGUCGUCAAGGCUGUGCAGUCAUUGAUUUCAUCGCUGCUGAGGAGGCUGAAAUCAAGAGGGAGAACGAGCAAAAGGCCCGAGAACAGAUCCGCCUGCGCAAUCGCUUUGGUGUCGGCGCGCUCGGCGACCUGACUGAAGAAGAGGCAUUGCGGUAUGCGCAGAUGGUCUCUGAGGAAGCCUUCCUUUUCGAGGAACAACGUCGGACAAGCGACUCCGCUGCCGAUGCCAGCCUGGAUACUGCCUCGACAUUCAGUGAGACCACUACUGUUGAUACCGUCACCCCUGACCCAAGUGUCUCUGACAUGGUAACUCCCCCGUCUGCCUCCACGGAUAAGGUUGAGUUAGUACCUGUCGAGGACGACUAUGAACAACAGAUUCAACAGGCGAUCCGCCUUUCUCUGAUGGAAGGUAUCAAUGAUAACCCCCCAUCACCCCACGCAGCGAGCUCCGGCGAUUACGAAUUCUCCCUGACAUACAAACCCAAGUCUGGCAGGAAGAACAAGCCAUCUGGAACUGUGUCGCCUGGAUCUUCCAAGGUGGGGUCGUCAAACAAUAUCGAGUCUAGGGACUAUGACCUUGAACUUGCUCUGAAGCUGAGCAUGGAGGAGCAGGGUCUGUCAACAUUUGACUCAUCGUCGGACGUUCAACGCGAUGAGUUCCCAGCGCUGGAAACCGAGGGCGUCGGUAAAGGGAAAGGGGUACAGAGGUGGUAGUAUAGUGCAUCUGCUGCAUCGUGUGCCUCUUUGUUUACAGCUUUACAUUCGAUGCCAUGGGUCAACACGGUGCGUGUUGGUGCUAUUGGCUUCUCUUUUUCAUAAUUGAACUUUUUAUUGGCAUCUGUCCUUUUCUGCCUGAGCUCAGUUCGUUGCUGAACGAGUCAACAUCGUGAUGAUCAUGAACCGUUCUGGCGACAUGGUUGAUAUCUGCUCAGAGACCUACUUAUUCGAGGUCAUCAUCACGAGAAGCAUUGCCCAUUUUCCCAGUUUACCAUGAUGCCAAAAGCACUUACCGCAUACGUGUAACAUGAAUGUGUCAAGGAUGGACCGUGGUCAGAGGUGUUUUGUGAUUAGAACAGCUCAUCCAUUCUUGAAAGUCGCUGAGAUGUAUCUAAUGAUACUGACUGUAUAAUAUCAGCUCUUAGGACAGUGGAAGGUGCAGGGUUAUACUCUUAAGCGCUCAAUGCCACUGCACACCUCUAAGAGUUAAGAUCUUGUACAUAAACUUUUCGCCAUCUACUGCAGUAUUACCCAUAGCAAGGUGGUCUACCACUCACAACAUUGCUCACGUUCUUUGUCGUCACAGAGGUUGGUAUUGCACUGAAGGGUUUCUAGUCUAAGUGCACCAAUUAACACUGAGCGUACAAACACCUUCCUUGACCGGAACUCACCUGAACUAAGGUUCAGGUUGGAAUUCUCACUAAUAAAGUGCCGCGAAGACGUGCCCCUGAUAUUAGUAGUUGCUCCGUAGGCGCAGUGUUAGUGGGAGCACCUAGAGGUCCCGGUCCAUCCGGCAGGCGAGAACAGACCAGCUUGCGAAUUUGCGGCCAAGGUUCUGUAUGUAGGUUGCUGUUGCUAUUCUCUCUCAAGUAACAUCCUCGAUCAAAGGUAUGUUGCUCGCAUGUUGACGAAUGAGUAGGACAUGUCUCGGAUGCUCUGACUUGCAGGAGCUAUCACAUGCUUGGAAGUAAACCCAAAUUGACAGACACUCUGCGAGGCAAGACGAAAUAUACAAUAUCAUAUCAUUAUGCGUGGCAUAAAGCAGGCAAAGAGCUCAAAACUUUGGCAGAGUGUAACGUUACAAUUUGAGCGAAGCUCCUCCUCGGACCAACUUCCCGCUGCAUGGAACUUAUAAGGGACCUGCAUAACAAAGACAUCUCCAAGGGCCCAGUUUUUGCGGUUCAAAGGUCUUGAGACUUGCGUGAACCGAGUCUCUAUUCUCCGAGAUAUACUGGAGACUCGAUGUUCCUGAGUUGCCAGCUCAUCAGUCCCAGAGACAUGAGGAAGCCACUAUGUAACUCAGAACGAGACGACGGGACAUCCGGCAGCGUUCCGAGCAACAGAGUCCAGGGCACGGUCCCUGAUCAUAGAGCCAAUCUUGUACUCUAAUAGAACUACUAUCAGGAGACAUGAGAAUAACUAAUCGCGGCUGGAGAUGCGGUGUUCCGGCCGCGCUCUCCAGUUGCCGGAUGUUGGUAGCGGGGAGCGGAUCCGCGGGACGGGAUGGGCCGCAGCGCCACUGAUGAAGUCGUAAAGGAUCCAAUUUUGAAAGGACGUUUGCUUCAUUCAGCGAUGUUAUCAUAGAUAAUUUGCAUGACCUCGACAGAAUAUUCGUUCUGUUACUGCAACCGCUGACAAUGGUAUGUACUUUGCUCGCCACGCAGUUGAAUUAGACAUCCCUGCUCAAGGACCUGGUCGUUAUGACGAAGGUUUCUGCACUGCUGGCUCCGGGCCAUUGGGUCAUCAGGCAUGACACCAAGAACUCAAACUCGGGGAUACUUAGCGUUACAGCAUGCAGCUACAAUUCAAUCCAGUGUCGUGCAGGCUUUAGACCAAUGGGCAAAGUUGGCUUCUGGACCAGCGCCCACCGGUGCUGCAGCGCUCUGCGGAUAACCGGCCACCGUAUUUCGGCUGUAGUUAUCAUGGAGUGAUGUAUGUAGCAACGAUCAAAUACAUGAGGUCUUAGAAAUGCUCAGGAAGGUAAUCACCCCAGGCAGACCCGUCUUCGGGUGUCUAUAUGCCCGACGAGCGCCUUGCCUUUCCAGGGACUUUUUCCGACCAAAAUCAGGCCCUCGCAUGCUACCAAGAAAGGUGUAUCAGGAGAACGGAGCAAUGGUGAGCUUUUGGUCAAUGCUGCCACGGAUAACCAAGGGUCUCAGUGCUCCGUAAAAAGCAUGCAUUUGAUGCGGCAGACUCUUAUUUCUGUUCCUGUUAGCUCGCUCGGUUGGAUCCCUUAUGAUGGUAUGUGUGGCCUUGAAGCUGAUUGCCUGCCGCCAUCAGUGACCCUGCCACACUAUCCGAAAAUAUUUCAAUAGCCGAUCCAGGGUUCACGGCCGAGAAGGAUAUCAUUUUCCGUACUCCGCUCUAGCUGGUUGGCAUUGGGCACCGUAAGUUAUCAGCGUACUCCGUAUCUUGAGCAAUUUUUUUUUUCCCCCUCUCUUGACUUUUGGGAACGCCGCCGCCGCCGAGCAUUGGCAGGGGAAUGUGUCUGAUAUUUGUGCUGCGCUAGGUAUACAGAUGCCAAGUUGAGGGGGGGUGACGACUCGUAAACAAUGCAGACACAACCAAUGCGAGGAUUUUGCUCGAAUGCAAAUGAUGAAGAGGCGUUCGCUGUAGUGGCUGGCAGAGGAGUUGGCCCCCUCCUUGUCGCCCUUGCGGCCUUGCCUGAUCCAGACUGUGUGCACGACACACAGAUGCGUCUGUACGUAUGAAAUGAGACACGGAAGCGGUCAAGGCCUGCAACAUACCAUUGACGUGGUCAUAUGGACCAAGCCGCUGGGAAUUUGCUCAAGGGUUCCCGCCGACUUGUCUCAGGAACUGGAACCGGUCAGCUGGAUAUCAUCAUUCAUUGGGAAUGACUCAAGCCCCUUUGCCAGAAAAUGCAGAUCAACGGCUGUCACUCGUCAGUAUGGCCCAUCUCGUUCCGUCGAUCUCGUUUGUUAGCAUCAAGAUCGAGUUCUGAUCCCAUUGCUCGGACCUCCUUGUCGCGUAGCAGCUCCCGUCUUCCAGAUAGACUCCCGUCGUGCAUUAUGACAGCUAGUUACCGUUGGGACGGUUCGCGGAACAUCAUGAAUAUCUUGGGUUAAGUUAGCACCAGCCUUUCCAUCUCCAGUCAGAUCCUUCCCCUCCCGACUCCCUCGAGAAAAGCACCCAAUAGUUUCACUUGUCAACUGUCUCAAAACUAAUAAUAUUUUCCCCGUCCAAGCUCCCCAUUAGCCAAGAGAGAGGUGGCGGGCGGGUCGAUCCACCAGGUUGGCACAGUCGUGGGCGGGAGCCGGCGGGUAUCCUUAAGCUGCAGGAUGGACGAGACUGAAAAUCAGCUCAUGGCGCUGGAUGCAAGCAAGUCAUGCUAUGCAGCAGAAGACCGCCAUGAAGAGUGCUUGAGUUGUGAUUCGUAGUACAGGAGCCAAAGGAAAUGUUGAGCGACCCAUGAGCCCAACGGAGCAAAGCAAACUGAUUCGCCUCCUCAACCAGAAAGUCUUGAACAAUUUGCGUUCAUUUGUUUCAAACACGGCAUUGAGCCGUGGAAAUCGGUGGGCCACUCUAAGUUGCUGGAAUGUUGCAUCGAGCUACAGUGGCUCCGAGGGAGAAACCGUCGUGUCCCUGUUUCCCGGCUUGACGGUCCUACAUAGUAUGAAUGGGGCCUUUCCACUGAAGGCGUAAAAUCUGAUGCAGAAUGGCAUUUCACAAAUGCGCUGUCCUUUUCAGCGAGUCAAAAUUGACACCAAUUAGUACUGAUAUGAUAUAUCAUAAUUGUUUGCUCGGAAUUUUCCUUCCUUUCCUGCG